AUGCACACUCUACCCACCACAACUCCAACGUCGCCAAUCACCAACCCGGUCCUCUUCGCGCCAGACUCGGCACUGCGACCGCUUGAUCUCGUGCUGAGCCCUGCCCUGGAGCCUGCUGGAGCCCUCUGGAUCCCCCCCCUGGCAGCUCGCAUGCUCGAUCUGCCUGCUGAAACCGCUUGUCGCAUCAAAAAAAGGGGGGCAAAAGAAUCUCGUUGUCUCACCCCCUUGCUGCUUCUGCUCCGCUCCUUCGAGAAACACGCGCUGUCCGAUAGCCAGUCAACCGUUCCCACACGCCCCUCCCUCGCUCACACGUCGUCGGCUCACUCGACAGGACUGGCCAAGUUCGUUUCUUCGCUGCCCGCUGGUUUGAGCUUGCAGAAUACAACAACGAUCCCCAUCUCCAUCUAUAUAACCACCCUCAGUCGCCCGCUCGUGCCCGAGCCUUUUUUGCCCAGCAUGACCACUGAAGCACAAGAAGAAUUCGACAAGCUUGUCGCCAACAAUACCCAUCGCGAGACCCUCCACCCUGAAGACCGUGACGACGCCGACUCCCACCACGGAUCUGACCUCUCGGAAGAGGAACAAUAUCGCAACGCCAGAAUCGAAGAAGCCAUGAGAAUGCCUACCGCCGCCGCCGAGCUCAGGCUCCCCCCCGCGUCGUUUGACAGCGGCCGUUCCACCGGUGUCAAGGGUGUCAUUGCCGAUGCCAGAAGCUAUGAAUCUGCCCGCAAGACGAAAUGGAGAAACCGAGCCAUGUCCGUUCGCAAGAGUGUCUUUGGCGCCCCCCGCUCAAGCGACAACAAGAGCGAGAGCGAGAGCGAAGAGGCCAUCUUUAGCGGUGGCGAUGACGACGAGGAAGAGUUCCUGAGCCAGUGGAGAGAGGCCCGGAGACAGGAGCUCGAGAAGGAAGCCGCCGGCCAAUCUAUUCGCACCCGGAGGACGAGCCCCAGCACGCGGAUAUACGGCCGCAUGGAUGAGGUGGACGCCUUGGGGUACCUAGAUGCCAUCGAAAAGGUCAACAGAGAUACCACUGUUGUUGUAUUUGUCUACGAUCACGAGAGCGAGGUCUCCUCAGCAAUCGAAUCAGUGCUGGUGCCGCUGGUCAAGUCCAACACGUCGGUUCAUUUCGUCAAGGUCCACUACGAGGAUAUUGAGUUCGACAAUGCCGCGGUGCCUGCCAUUCUGGCCUACCGAAACCAGGGAGACCUGUUUGCCAACCUGACCGGCAUUAUCGAGAUGAUGCCCGAUGACGAGCACUUUGGCCCCGAGUCCCUGGAAAAGGUCCUCAAGAAGCACGGCGUGCUGUGA